GAAUUCGUGCACUCGGAUCAGCAAUUCGGCUCUUCGGAUAAGCCACGUGUAUAAGCUCUCUCCUACACCGCAGACAUGAAAGCUUUUGCGACCUUGCCUAAUUAGGGCAUAGUGUUCCAUAGGUCACACUUCAGAACACAUUUUCAGAGCAUUUGCAACGGGAAUGAAUGCCUUCAUGCCUGCAGUGCUAGUACUAUCGCGUCGUCCUCUCAAAGGCGACGGUCUACGCGCGUAUUCUAUUCGACCAGUCCGGUAUCUACGUCGACGACCCUUCGAACGCCGCCGCGCUCUCAGGCAACAAUCCCUCCUCAGCGGGCGAGUGAGGGGUGGUGGUGGGCUGCUGGACAUUUCCGUCUACUCUGUCCGAAUGUGCGAGGCAGAACUGAGAGGGAAGACAAUGGACGAAACAAGGCACGGAGCGGGGAGGUGCGCCCGAAUGAGGGGAGGAGUCUUGUUGGCGGUGAUUGGAUGCUCGCGGUGGCAACGGGCAGGCGCCGAUGGGGCAUGCGUACAUGCUGCGCUUUAUCUGCAACUCGCCUCUCUUCUUCACCUCCAUUAUUGUCCCUCCUUAGACACACUCUCCUUUUCUCCACCCCUCGUCCGUCGUUGGCCCCUGCUCGUCCUCGUCCUCUUGCUGCACAUCGCACAUUAGAUAUCCGCCAUGAUGCACUCUGCGUUCGCCGCGCUCAUCCUCGCGCUCCCGCUCACUUCCCUCGCCCGUCACGAAGACGGCGCGCUCCGCCGCCGGCACCACAACGUUGCCCGCAGCAGCAGCAACAACGGCCCCACCUACAUGCGCCGCGACUCCAACUACACGCUCCAAAACAAGUUUGUCGGAGAGGACUUCCUCGACUGGAAUUUCUACG